AUGGUGAAAGCUGUGCUGAAAUGCGCCCCAUAUUCAUUCGUUAGCGGAUUUUCCGAUGUACGAACGACACAGUUCCGACCGGUUACUACUCAUUUCGGAAACGAACAGGUUGAAGAGCAUGAAAAAGAAAUGAGAGUGCACAAUGUUUUCGCUAGUGUCGCUAACAACUACGACUUGAUGAACGAUGCCAUGAGUUUUGGAAUUCAUCGAUUGUGGAAAGACUAUUAUGUCCUGGACGUUGCAGGAGGAACAGGUGAUAUAGCGUUCCGGUUGCAAAAAAGGAUUGGAUCCUCUGGGAGGAUCACUGUUGUUGACAUAAAUGAGAAAAUGCUCGAUGUUGGCCGUGAUCGCGCCAAAACAGAACCACUUGUUGAUUCCACGCAACUUGAAUGGAUCUGUGCCAACGGCGAAAAGUUGCCGUUUAAAGAAAAUUCAUUCGAUGUUUACACCAUAUCAUUUGGAAUUCGUAACUGCACACAUGUUGACGAGGUUGUUCGUGAAGCUUACCGCGUUUUGAAACCAGGCGGAAUGCUCGCCGUUCUAGAGUUCAGUUCCGUGAAUCCUCUUCUCCGACCUCUCUACGAUGCAUAUUCGUAUAAUAUUAUUCCUGCUAUGGGGCAAGUUAUUGCUGGCGACUACGAUAGCUACAAAUAUCUUGUCGAGAGCAUUAGAAAGUUUCCAAACCAAGAGGAUUUCGCUGCUAUGAUUCGUGGUGUUGGAUUCGAGAUGGUGCGUUAUGAAAAUCUGACGUUUGGAAUCUGUUCAAUUCAUAAGGGAACGAAACCUCGCAAAGCAAAAUAG